AUGUGUACCAUCUCAGAAAAUGUGGUGACAUUCCAGCUGAGGUUAGCAGUAGGGAUCAGCGACAGAGACAAGGGGGACCUUGGAUGGGACUCUGGAGUGAACUUCAUAAAGGAGAACAGUCAAGUUCUCAUUCAAAGGAUGGGAAUGACUGUGAUAAAGCAAAUUUUGGAUGAGCUAUUUGUAUGGAAUGUUAUGAAUUAUGAAGAAGUAAGUGUCAUUUGUGGCGAGAAGUUUGAGCAGGACGCUGCAAGAGGGAUCAUUCACAUGAUUUUGAAGAAGGGUUCAGGAGCCUGUAACCUCUUUCUUAAAUCUCUUGAAAAGUGGAACUAUCCUCUGUUUCAGGAAUUGCAUGGACUAAGUCUUUUUCAUCAGAUGUCAGAAGACGACUUAGAUGAUUUGGCUCAGGAAUUAAAGUACUUCUAUGAGAGCCCAUCUUUUCUCAACUUUUAUCCCCUGGGUGAAGAUAUUGACAUCAUGUUUAAUUUGAAAAGCACCUUCACAGAACCGGUGCUGUGGAAGAAGGACCAACACCAUCACCGCCUGGAACAGCUGACCCUGAGUGGCCUGCUGGGCACUCUUCAGAGCCCCUGCGUCAUCGAAGGGGAAUCAGGCAAAGGCAAGUCCACUCUGCUGCAGCGAAUCGCCAUGCUCUGGGCCUCCGGAGAGUGCCAGGCUCUCGCCAAGUUCAAAUUAGUCUUCUUUCUUCGUCUGAGCAGGGCCCAGGGUGGACUCUUCAAAACCCUGUCUGACCAACUCCUGGAUAUACCUGAUGUGAUCAGUAAGCAGACUUUCAUGGCCACGCUGCUGAAGUUACGGCAGAGGGUUCUUUUUCUCCUUGAUGGCUACAAUGAAUUCAAGGCCCAGAACUGCCCAGAAAUUGAAGCCCUGAUAAAGGAAAACCACCGCUUCAAGAAUAUGGUUAUCGUCACCACCACCACGGAGAGCCUGAGGCACAUCCGGCAGUUUGGGGCACUGAUUGCCGAGGUGGGGGAUAUGACUGAGAGCAGUGCCCAGGCUCUCAUUCAGGAGGUGCUGAGAAAGGAGUUCGCUGAAGGCUUGUUGCUCCAAAUUCAGAAAUCCAGGUGCCUGAGAAAUCUAAUGAAGACCCCUCUCUUUGUGGUCAUCACUUGUGCAAUUCAGAUGGGGAAAAGUGAGUUCCACUCUCACACACAAACCACGCUGUUCUGUGCCUUCUAUGAUCUGCUAAUAAAUAAGAACAGGCACAAACGUAAAGGGCUGGCUCCUAGUGAAGUCACUCAGAGCUUGGACCACUGUGGAGACCUAGCUCUGGAGGGUGUGUUCUCCCGCAGGUUUGAUUUCGGACCAGAUGACUUGUCCAAUGUGAAUGAGGAUGUCCUGCUGACAACAGGACUCCUCUGUAAAUACACAGCGCAACGGUUCAAGCCAAAGUAUAAAUUCUUUCAUCAGUCAUUCCAGGAGUACACAGCAGGACGCAGACUCAGCAGUUUACUGACAUCUGGAGAACCAGCAGAGGUGACCAAGGGGAAUGGUCACCUGCAGAAAAUGGUUUCCAUUUCAGACAUUACAUCCAAGUACAGCAACUUGCUUCUGUACACGUGCGGCUCAUCUGCUGAAGCCACCCGGACUGUUCUGAGACACUUGUCAUCAGUGUAUGAACAUGGCAGUCUCUUGGGACUUUCCGUCACCAAGAGGCCUCUCUGGAGGCAGGAAUCUAUGCCAAAUAUGAAAAGCACCACUGUGCAAGAAAUUCUGAAAGCCAUAAACAUCAAUUCCUUUACAGAGUGUGGAAUCAACUUAUUCCAUGAGAGUAUAUCCACGUCUAACCUGAGCAAUGAAUUUGAAGCUUUCUUUCGCGGUAAAAGCUUAUAUAUCAACUCAGAGAAUAUCCCUGACUACUUAUUUGACUUCUUUGAAGACUUGCCUAACUGUGCAAGUGCUCUGGACUUCGUUAAACUGGACUUCUAUGGGGGGACUGUGGCUUCGUGGGACAAGACCACAGAAGACAUAGGCAGGACCCAGGAUCAAGAGUUCUCAGGAACCUACAUUCCCAGCAGGGCUGUGUCUUUGUUCUUCAACGGGAAGCAGGAGUUUAAGACCUUGGAAGUCACACUCCGGGAUUUCUGCAAGUUGAGUAAGAAAGAUGUCAAAUAUCUGGAGAAAAUAUUCAGUUCAGCUACAAGCCUCAGGUUGCACAUUAAGAGAUGUGUCGGAAUGGCUGGAAGCCUCAGUUCAGUCCUCAGCACCUGUACGAAAAUUCAUUCCCUCAUAGUGGAAGCCAGUCCCCUCACCCUAGAAGACGAGCAGCAUAUCACAUCUGUGACAAACCUGCAGACCUUGGGUGUUCAUGACCUACAGAUUCAACGGUUGCCAGGUGGUCUGACUGACAGUUUAGGUAAUUUGAAGAAUCUUACGAAGCUCAUACUGGAUAACAUUAAGAUGAAUGAGGAAGAUGCUUUAAAACUAGCUGAAGGUCUGACAAAUCUGAAAAAGAUGUGCUUACUUCGUUUGACCCACUUGUCUGAUAUAGGGGAAGGAAUGGAUUACAUAGUCAAGACUCUAUCAGCUGAACCCUGUGACCUUAAAGAAAUUCAAUUAGUCUCCUGCUGCCUGUCAGGAAAUGCUGUGAAAACCCUAGCUCAGAAUCUUCAUAACUUGGCCAAACUGAGCAUUCUUGAUUUAUCUGAAAAUCAUCUGGAAAAGGAUGGAAAAGAAGCUCUUCAGCAACUAAUUGACAGGCUGCACAUCUUAGAACAGCUAACCGUUCUGAUGCUGCCCUGGUGUGGUGAUGUACGAGUCAGUCUGGCCAUACUGUUGGAGCAACUGAAGAAGGUCCCACAGCUCGUCAAGCUUGGGCUGAAAAACUGGAGACUCACAGAUGCAGAGAUUAGAAUUCUAGGUGUAUUUUUUGAAGAGAAUCCUCUGGAAAACUUCCAGCAGUUGGAUUUGGCGGGAAAUUGUGUAAGCAGUGAUGGAUGGCUUGCCUUCAUGAGUGGAUUUGAGAAUCUUAAGCAACUGGUGUUUUUUGACUUCAGUACGAAAGCACUCUUACCUGAUGCAUCAUUAGUCAGGAAACUUAGCCAUGUGUUAUCCAAACUAACUUUUCUGCAAGAGGUUCAGCUUGUUGGGUGGCAACUUGAUGACGAUGAUGUCAGUGUUCUUAAAGGUGCUUUUCAACUAGUAAUUGCUUAA